GCUCUACAGUUUUAUCGCGUUCGUCAAGCUGUGCAGACGCACACAUUCCAUUGUGGGUUGCGGCGGUGUCGCGAAUCGCCUCUCGUGUGUUGUUGUGUGUAGUGUGGAAUCCAACUCUUCUCCUCGCCGACCGACCGUUGUCGCGUCAUCGUUUAGACUGUGUUUUGUACUGUCGUCGUCGUUGGUUUCGUAAAGUUGCUGACCGUUUUUUAUCGUCAUUCCAAUGAGGAAAGCUAGAAAGGAGUUUCAAAUUUCGUUGUUUCAUCAAAGAUCCGGAUCGGAAAUGCGCAAAGUGUAAAUGCGAUUGUUAUCGCACAGGUUUAACCGAUGAAGUCAGUGCAGUUUUUGGUUCGUGAAACGUGAUUUAGUGCUGAAUAGUUGCUGAUGAAAAACGGUGUUUUGCAGUGUUCUUAUAUGACCAGUGGGUUGGUGCGCGGGUGAUCAGGCGGCAGAAAGGAAGAAACAUCCAGCCAGUCAGUUUUCAAAGUUUUCGUAUUGUGAAUGCUUGCUUAUAGUGGCCCUUGUUCUGUUAUGUAUUUGUGUGGCUCGCGAGUGGAGCCCACGAUGACUAGCCAUGUGUGAAGGCCAGAAGGGCUCCGAAGAGAAGGAAACACCAAUCAACCAGUGUGGAUGGAAAAGUGGAGGUAGUUUGGGCCAUACCAAAACAUAAUACGGCACCGUUUAAAAGCGGACCCUGGUCACUAGGAAGUGUUAUAUUACGAAGCAUAAACAGUUUGUGAAGAUUUCGUUAGCGGCGAUAACUCGUUGAGUAGUCUCGCAUGCUGAUUGAAUGAAAAGGGAAACUCAACGACGAGGUGUAAAUAGAUGCUGAUGGUAUGAGAUGCAUACGGUGUCGAUUGGAGAACCAGUAGAGAACCGUUAAGCACUUAGCAGAAGCCUGAGAUUGUAACCCACUUUGGUCGGGCAGACGGGCACGCAUAAGCCGAUUACAGCAAGCGUCGGAGCGGUUCAGUGAGCACACUUGACGGACCCAGCGAAGACAGACCGAGAAACCCAUCAUCGUCGUCCGACGAGCUAAUAUUAUGACAGAGACAAGAAAGUAUCAUCGCAGCAGCAUUUGCGUUGGAGAAGCAUUAGUCGGAAGAUACCUACCGAUGGUAUUAGUGUGUCUAACUUUCGAGUGACAAAGUUGUGGGAAAAUCCUUCGAGCCUGCAGUGGAGCAGAAACAUUUGUGAGUGAAACUUUGACGUGUUCGUCCCUGGAAGCAUCGCAAGGCAGACGGUUCCGGCGGGGUAAGCUGUUUGCAAGUACGCGACAGUGCCCCAACCGUGCCCCAGCACCGAACAAUCGGUAGGGCGCACGGGGCCAACGUGCGCUUGGUGAAAGAUGGAAUUGAAAGUCUGGGUCGAAGGAAUACAGCGCAUUGUUUGCGGAGUGACGGAAGUCACCACUUGUCAGGACGUGGUAUUUGCCCUAGCUCACGCCACCGGAAAGACCGGCAGAUUCACCCUCAUCGAACGAUGGCGCAACAACGAAAGGCUGCUGGCACCCCACGAGAACCCGCUGAAAAUUCUCAUGAAAUGGGGCGAAUACUCCAGCGAUGUGCAGUUUAUACUGCAGCGGUCCGAACAGAAAAAGCCCGAUCAAAGUCAACAGAAUAACAACAACAAUAAUAUAAGUAGCAACACCCCUGCUCAGAAUCAGCAUAAUACUCAGCAGCAACAGCAGCAGCCUCAGCCUCAGCAACAGCAACCACAUCCCCAGUCGCAGCAGCAGAUCCUUCGGCAGCAGCAAAAGUUGAACCAGUUGAAUAAUAACCACCUCAUCGGUGGCAGCGGGUUGGACGACCCCAAGAGCAAGCUGGUCCAGAACAAUCUAAAGAAUAGUGCCGGCAGCACAGGAAAUGACCCCUAUGGGAAGCAGCUCAACCAACAGCAGCAGCAGCACCAUCAUCAUCCCCAGCAGUCAGAAUUGAUCAGCAAUUGCUUGCCACCGUCUUCGCUGGAGCGUGGAAAGGAAACGAGGAAGAGCCUCAACUCAGGAUCACCUCCAAAUCUGAAGACAUCAUCCAAUAACAACAAUAUCAUCAAAAGCUUCAGCAAUAGCAAUAUCCAUCAUAAUAAUAAUAACAACAACAACAAUGCCAUCUCCCCCAGUAACAUCAAGAUCGAAAACAUUGGCAUAGUGAAAGGAAUUCCGCAGCAGAAGUCACCCCACAACAGUACCAGUUCAAGUGGAAGCAACAGCAGCAGUAGUAGCACCGGUAGUAGCAGUACUGGAGGUGGCAUAAGUGCUGCCAGUGUUAGCAAUAAUCACCAGAAUAAUGUCGAAGCCACGUAUGCUAGUGUUAUCAAAAAACCCAAAAGCCAUCACCCGAACGGUCCAGGAAGCAAUGCCAUUGUUGGAGAAUUCAAUGCAGCGGAUCUCCGAAAUUCGUUGGACCGUAAGCUGAAUGGUUUGCUGUAUAGCAACGGAAUCAACAUCGGGAGUCACCACCAUCAGAGCCAUCAUUCUCACCAAGGUGGGGGGACUGCCAUUGUGGGUGCCACCUUGAAAGAAUCGAAUUCUCGAUUCGGAGGCCUACCCAGCGGUGGAACCGGUGCUCAUCACUUGAGCAGCAAUGACAGCUUACUUCUGGACAGUAGUAGCAUAAGUAGCGUGAGCAGUAAUAGCAAUCACAAUCUCCUCAUAGGGAACGGAGGCAGCAAUGCCAAUUCACCCAUCACAGGAAUCUCAUCAAAUGGUGCUCUGGUUCCACCGCCAUACCGGGACCCGCCGCCGCCGAGAAAUUCCCCACUGUCGCACAAGCUAGACAGCUUGAACGGCAGCAACCCGAAUGCCAGUUUCAGCAGCAAUGGCAGCGGUAAUAGCCAAACCCUCAACAACAAUCUCAAUAUCAACAGGAAACUCGAAAAGGAUAGCAUCAACAUGAAUCUGGCGCUAAACGCUGCGGUGGCGGCAGCAACGGCCGUGGGGACCAACAGUGCCUCUGCCGGUCACACGGCAACUGGGGGUGGUGGCAGCAGCAUCGGGAGUAACAGCAGUGGCAGCAAUGCCAACGAGUUGCUUCUGCUAAACGAGCUGAGUCUGAACGAUGGACCAUUGCAGAACACGACACAGUACAGGGAUCUAAUACAGCUUAUCAAGUACCAGCGGGAGAAAAUCAAUACCCAGCAAGCGGAUCUUUCGAAGUACGACUCGGAGAUCCAGUAUCUAGAGAGCAAAGGCCGCGAGCAGCAGGAUAAACUCGACGCGCUCACGCAGGAAAUCAGCAAGACGGAUCAGGUCUAUCGGCAGGGCAGCGAGCAACUGCAAACGCUCCAGUACGUCGAGGAAGAGGGCGAGCUCGUGCGGCAGCAGGAGAAGACUCUCAAAUCGGAGAUCACCCUGCUGCGCUCGAAGCUGGCCAACUGCGAGACGGAACUGCUGCAGUGCAAGAACAAGAUCCGCCUGCUGAUGGACGAGAUCCAGGUCGAGCAGCGCAAGUAUUGCCGACAGUAUGACUCUAAUCGUGCACAGUUAGAACGUCAUCUAAUGUCUGAAGUUGACAGGAUUCAGCUGGAGAUCGAUCUGGCCAUCCAGAGUACGGACCAUGCGAGCAAGGCAACCGAUAAGCUGAAGAGCGAGGUGGCUGGCAUCGAGAGCAACAUUGCGGAGAAGAAGAAACAGGUCGAGCAGCUGGUUCACGAGAUGAAGGAAGUCAACCUGCAGAGCCUGGCGGUGGCUCCCGCCGACGAAGUGCGACAUCUACUGGAAGUUGGCUCAGUGAAGCCCGGCAGCACUAGGAGGAUGAUCGGAUCGCCAAGACAGCUGGAAAAUGCAGUCCCUACCAGUAAGAAUCCCCACGGAGUGUGGGUCUAACGAGGAAAAACGGCAACUAUAGAUUAACUACUACUACUGCUACUGAUGCUACCGCAACAGCCAGUAGGAGUCAGUCAGUGGCAUGCAAUAAGUUAUUCAACCAAUUGUGAUAUUGUUGUGUAAGAGAAUUCAAAAGUGCAAGCUGCAAGGAAGAAUAUCAACUAGGAAUUGCUAUUCGUGGGCUUAAAGGCCAUUAGAAGGAACAGAUAAAACACAAACGAUUAGAUAAAGACACCCACAUAGCGACGUGGAAAAUACGAUCCUUCAUCAAAAAUGGCCUCAUUUUGUACUUAACACAAAGCGAUUUAUUUUUAUACAUGCAUAGGCUAUACUUUUAGAGACUGUUACAAACCACUUUCAAUCAACUAUUUCUACUUGCAUAUAUCUACUACUUCACGUACUGUUUUUUUAGUACACCUAAGUUCUCAUAUGUGACUAGAGAAUCUGCGGCAGGAGCAUACAGACUUAUAUUUAAACAAAAUUAUAUCGGCACGAAAAUGAAAUUACCAGGUCAAAAUCUCGAAUCCGUAGGGUCCAAUGACACCGCCGAACUUAGUUUGCGCAAGGCGCAGAAAACUUGAUCUGACCGUGUUUAUCACUUUCUCUACAUCUUUCCCACCAAUUACAAAGAAAAAAAAAUUACAUUCCAUCAUUUCGUUUUGGCGAAGCAAAAUAAACAAAAACGGAAACAUUUUCCACAUAAAACUCCACAACGCAACAGUGGCCUCACAACGGUAAGACUAGCACAUUGCGAGCGAUAAUGUUGAUUUGAGUAAUAAGUGGAAGUAAAACUUAAGACAGUUGAAAAAAAACAUUCCUCACAAAAGUAAUUCUAUACUCUAUCCAAAUGGUUCUAACGAAUAAGAAUUGAUGUAUUCUGCAUAUAUCUUGUUUUGGUUUCAAUUUCAAUUAGUAUAGUUUUGUAAUGUGUUGGGAAAAACGAUGCAUCAAUCCGAAAAGCUUCGUUUCCAAGCUUAAUUGCUUGAUUGAUUUCGGAUUGAGUAUAAACGUUGAUGAAGAGGCAUGGCGAUGCUGCAUUAACCGCACCUACCUGGGUGGAUGCGUUGUGCACGAAAGUUCUUUAACGCUAGGUGGCCAAUGGGACUUAAAGCUGUGUUUGAAUUCAAACUAAACUUAGAAGUGACGGUUCGAAUAACUCUGCACGCGAAGCAAGAUUGCUAUUGAAAUACAAUGAAUCGUUUUCGAAAAAUGGGAUUUUUUUAUUUUCAUGCAUCAUUUUUUUCCACAAGCAGAUUAUAUGAAUAGUCGCCUCUCCACAUCUCGAUAUUAAAGAGAUCUUCGACAUCGAGAUCGAGGAAUAGAUGGAAAAUUUAAAUGGAUACUAGAUCGUAAAAAGCUAGUUGCUAUGAAAAAAAAAAAAUAAAUGAAAAUUUCACGAAACUUUAUAGAAAAUAUACAACAAAAAGCCGGAAAAAUUAUACCCAAACCAGUAAAAAAAUUUUUGAAAUAUUUUUGAGAGAAGAACUCUAUCAGCUUUUAAUUAGGCUUUACAUUUAAUCCAAGAAGAUUUCUGAAAAAUCAUAUCAUCAGAACAAAGAAAUGUUAAUGUUCAACAAAGUGUUUUGGUGAAAACGCAAACAAAUUUUCAACGAAAUUUUUCACUGCAAUUAAAAUUCCUUGAAUAAUGAUUGAUUUUGUGAAAAAAAAAUCCAUAAUUGGCCAUAUUUUUAUGGCCCAUCUGGGCCUUUUUCACUGAAUUCGCAAAAUGCGAGAUGCGCAGCUUAGCCUAGCGGUAAGACGCGCGGCUACAAAGCAAGACCAUGCUGAGGGUGACCGGUCUAGGCAAUUUUCGGCUUGAAAAUUGUCUCGAUUUCUCUGGGCAUAAAAGUAUCAUCGUGUUAGCCUAUGAUAUACGACUGUAAAAAUGGUACCUUGGCUUAGAAACAGAUGCGCAAAAUAAAAUUUAACACUAUUUGAAUGAUUGACCGUUUUGUUUCACACUAUGCGGCCUUCACAUGAUCAUAAAAUAUUGACAAAACUUAUUGAUGUCAAAAAAUGGUAGGUAUUGUCGGAUUAACAAUUAGCUGUGUUGAAUGUUUACAUGUUUUGUGUAAAACAUUUAUAUUUUAUUUCUAUCUUCUGGCUUUUUUCAGUUUGAAAAUAAUUCAAACGGGUUCACAUUUGCAUUGCCCGACGUUUCAGCCCGUUUACAUAGGAUGUGUUCGAAUAUGGCUAACACCUAGCGCCGUAGCGUGCGGUUGGCCUGGUUAGCCUCCGCCAAGAGUGCCGGGUCUUAGGGGAGCGCCGAAAUCAAGAUUUGAACUAUAUGAAAUAGAUCAGUUUUAUUAGUUAAGGGACAAUUAAUAACAAACUAACUACAAAGCUUGAAGAGUUUAUUUUUGUAUGUCCUACGAAAGGCGGAAACAGAUGAGACUAAAUACUCAAGGCUGAACUCAAAAGGCUGGAAUCUCGAAAGGCUGAAAGUCUCACAAGGCUGGAAGUAUCGAAAGGCUGUGAAGUAUCAGCAGGCUGAAAUUUAUCGAAAGGCUGAAAUUGGAAGGAUGCAAUGGCAAGUUGAGUGGCUGAAUAGUGAAAAAUGAAUGAAAAAACAAAAAUAAAGAAUAAAAAUUAAGGAAUUGAAAAUCUAUGUAUCUAUGUACAUAAAAAUGAAUUUCUGUCUGUCUGACUCUUAUAGAGUCGGAAACUACUGAACCGAUCUGCGGGAAAAUUUGUAUGCAGAGGUUUUUGGGGCCGGGGAAGGUUCUUAAGAUGGUUCGAGACCCCUCCCUUCUUUGGAAAGGAGGGCUCACAUACGAAUGAACCAGAAAUUUCUGCAUAACUCUAGAAUAAAUCAAUUUAGGCGAUACGAAGUUCGCCGGGCCUGCAAGUAAAAAAUAAAAAACAAAGAAUUAAGAAUAAAUUAUGACGAAUAAAGAAUAAAAAAUCAAGAUUAAAAAAGAACGAUGGAAGAAAUAAUAGAAGGAAGAAAGAAGGAAGAAGGGGAAAGUAAUUGGAACCAGGACGAAAGAAUGAAGAAGAAAUAAAACGAUAGAAACAUGGAUUAAAGAAGAAAAAGGGAAAUAAUAAAGAAAAAAGGAAAGGAAAGAAGGAACAAUAAAGAAGAAAUAAGGGAGCAGAAAAAUAAAGAAGAAAGAUAAAACAAUGAAGAAGGAGAAAAAAGGAAGAAAUAUGGAAAAAAAGAAUAAGUAAGAAAGGAGAAGGAACAGGAACGAAGGAAGAUGGAAGAAGACAGUUUGAAAAAAAAGGAAGAAAGAAAAAAGGAGAAAGAAGAAUGAAGUUGGAAGACGAAAGAAGAAAGAAGAAAAAUGGAAGAACGGAUAAGGAAGAAAGAAGAAGGAGCAAGGAAGAAAGAAAAAGUAAAAGGAAGGAGGAAAGAACAAAGAAGAAGGAAAAUGGAACAAGGAAGGAGGAAUAAAAAUAAGGAAGAAGCAAGAAGAAAACAGGAAGAAAACAGGAUGAAGGAAUAAAAAAGAAAGAAAGUUGAAAGAAGAAAGAAGGAAGAGAGGAGAAGAAAUAAAGUAGACGGAAAAAAUAAAAAGGAAUAAGGAAUAAUAUAGAAGGAAGAGGAAAAAGAAAGAAUUAAGAAAAAUGAGGAAAGAAGGAAGAAGAUAGAUAGAAGACAGGAAGGAGCAGGAAGACAGGGGAAGCAAGCUGGAAGAAUUAAGAAAUCUGUGGAAAAAGAGAAGAAAGAAGAAAGAAAAGGGAAGAAGGAAAAAGUAAGAAGGAAGAUGGAAGAAGGUAGAAAGAAAAAAAGAAGGAUAAAGAAGAUAGAAGAUACAGAAACGAAGAAUGAAGCAAGAAAAAAGGAAAAAGGAUAAAAGAAAAAGGAACAAUGAAGUAGGAAGAAAGAAAAGAGUAGAAGAAAGAAGGAAAAAGGAAAAU